AUGAGUAUAGAUGCACCAUCUAAGAUCAAUUUCUUCAAGGGACACCCAUCGAAUAGGCUCCUACCGAACAAUGAAGUCAUUGAAGCCACAAAACAACUAUUAACACCAGAGAAAAGGCCGUACGAUUCACAAACUGAGAAUAGACAUCCGUUGACAUAUGGAUCGGAUGAAGGGGCACUUUGGGUCAGAGAACAAAUCUGUGAAUUUAAUAACAAGGAAGUAUUCCAUAUAGAUAACUCAAAUUCUUCUAUAUUAUCUAAACCAGAAUUUCUCAAUCUAACUUCUGGCUCUUCGUACGGUAUAUUAAACAUUUUAUUACAAACUACUUUGGCACAUACUGGAUAUACUAGGCAAGCAUUCAUCAUCACACCUACAUAUUUUUUGAUCAAUGAUUGUUUUAUCGAUGCUGGUUUCGGUGAUCAUAAAUUGACUGCUAUUGAUGAAUAUCCAGAGACCAAUUCUAUCGAUUUUGACCUAUUGCAAAAAAAAUUAGACUAUUUCGAAUCUUUAUCAUUAAUUGAUGGUUGUGAUUACAAUGAUAUCAGUAAUAAUAUUAGCAUUAGUAAUAACACUAAUUGCAUUGUAAACCCUGAAAAAAAUUUGAAUCAAACAAAAAAAAUUUAUAGAUAUGUUAUGUAUUGUGUACCGACUUUCGCUAAUCCAAGUGGGAUGACAUUUUCCACUAAAUGCAAAUUAAGAUUAAUUGAACUGGCAAGAAAAUACGAUAUGUUGAUAAUUUCAGAUGAUGUAUAUGAUAUUCUAAAUUACGAUCCCAACACACCUACACCUAAAAGACUCGUUCAUUUAGAUAGAGAAAGUAAUACUGACCCAGCAAGUUAUGGUAACACUAUAUCGAAUUCUACCUUUUCUAAAAUCAUUGCUCCUGGAUUAAGAUUUGGAUACCAGGAGUCAAUCAAUAGUAACUUGGUUAGACAACUUUCCAAAGGUGGUGCUAAUAUAUCAGGAGGUACCCCUUCCCAAUUAAAUUCAAUGAUUGUUGGAACAUUAUUACAAAAUGGUGAAGCGAAAAGGAUAAUUAAUCGCUUAAUAUCCGUUUAUUCACAAAGAGGCAAGACACUUUCAAAUGCAAUUAAGAAAUACCUACCUAAAGGUACUAUCCAUAAACCCAUAAAGGGUGGAUAUUUUGUAUGGAUCACAUUACCAAAAGGUUAUAAUUCUAUAGAAAUAGAAAAUUUAUUAAGAUCGACGUAUCAGAUAAUCAUGGCUAAUGGAUCUAAUUUUGAAGUAGUGACAGAUAAAAGGAACUGGGGUACUAGAUCUGUCAGAUUAUCGAUAAGUUUCUUGGAAGAACAAGAGAUUGAAGAAGGCGUAAGACUGUGGGGUGAAAUAUGCAAAAGGUAUGCAGAAAAACAUGGAUUAAAAUUCUAA